GCGGGUGCAGUUGGUCGACAGUCCUCGGUACGCAACGGUGUGGACAUGGCAGAGGUGGAGAAGAAGGCGAGCGUGGCCAUCGUCGGGGGUGGUUUGGUUGGAGCGUUGGCUGCAUGUUUCUUCGCUAAGAGAGGUCAUCGUGUAGCCGUCUAUGAAUAUCGGUCAGACAUACGAAUAGACGUCAUGCAGGGUCAGAGCAUUAAUUUGGCGCUAUCGUUGCGCGGCCGAGAAACUUUGAGGGCGGUCGGUCUCGAGGAUGCUCUGGUGAAGAAUCACGGUAUGAUCAUGCGCGGCAGAAUGGUUCACAAUAAGGAUGGUAGUUUGAAAGAGUUGCUUUACGACAAUGUCAAGGGAAACUCCAUUUAUUCCGUUAACAGGCGACAUUUAAAUAUAAUUCUGCUAAAUGCCGCGGAAAAGUAUCCAAUGGUGCAAUUGAAUUUCAAUAAAAAGCUCGUAGAUGCCGAUCUGAUGAAGGGAACGAUGAAAUUUGUCAGUACAGAAACGGGCUUGACAGAAGACGCGGAAGCUGACCUGAUAAUCGGCGCCGACGGCGCGUACUCGACGGUGCGAAGGAUCAUGGCCAGGAGACAAUACUUCAACUACGCCCAGACGUACAUCAAGCACAAAUACGUGGAAUUGACGGUGCCGGCUGGAGACAAUAAGGAGACUGAUUUGCUCCGAAAGUUCCAAAUGAGCGGCAGAAAUCUGCACAUUUGGCCGCGCGGCGAGUUCAUGAUGACCGCGUUGCCGAACGAGGACCGCUCGUUCACCGGCAAUCUGUUCGCACCGUUCGACAUAUUCGACAAGCUGAAGACUCCCGAGGCGGUGUUGAGUUUCUACGCCGAGCAGUUCCCCGAUCUUCUGCGACUGAUGGGUGAGCCGAAGUUGCUAAAAGAUUUUUUCCUCUCGGAACCGAAGCCGCUGAUAUCAAUUCAGUGCGAGCCUUUCCACGUUGGGAAGACUGCUCUCCUGGUCGGCGAUGCUGCUCACGCAAUGGUUCCCUUUUACGCUCAAGGGAUGAAUACUGGUUUCGAGGAUAUUCUGGUACUCGAUGAAUUAAUGGACCGUUACGAUUCGGACCUUGCUGAGGUUCUGCCGAAAUUUUCGCAAUUGCGCUGCGAUGACGCUCAUGCGAUAUGCGACCUGGCGAUGUAUAAUUAUAUCGAGAUGAGGGACUUAUUGACGACAAAAAGUUAUCUCUUCCGAAAGUUUAUAGAUCGUAUUUUGUACACGUUCUUCCCGAAAUUCUGGAUACCGCUUUAUAUAUCUGUGCAGUUCACCCGCAUGGGUUUCCGCGACUGUAUGAUCAACAAAGAAUGGCAGGACAAGGUGUUGAGAAUGACUCUUUGGUUCCUCGAAUUCUUAUCCGUAUUCGUUAUUUUAACUGUCUCUUUCUUUUUUUUCGACUAAUUUUCUUCUGUUAAUGUGUUGAUUUGUCAAGUACGAUUAAGAAUAACUUGAUAAUGGAAAUGAUAAGAGUAAUACGAAAGAGAGAGAUUUAAUUAAAAUAAUAGUGGACUUAUGUAUAUCUCCUUGGAAAUCUUUUUUUACAGCAAGUUCUUCUCACAGCUAUAAUUAUCUUAUAUGAGUUCGUAUGUGAUGUUUAAUUAACAACUUUUUUUAACAAUUAUACAAGAUUGGCUAACGCAUGUGUCGUGUAUACUAUUUACACAUUAUUUAUUUUAUAUAUACAUUUACACGUUUACCUUAUCCCUGACCUUAUCUCCAGCAGUAAUCGUUAAUAUCACCUUUUACAUUUUGUACCCACUUGGACAUAAACUAGAUUUUACAUUUAUUUUCAAUGUCUAAAAUAUGCAUAUAUCUUAUAAAAUAUGUCAUAAAUAUGCAAAAAAAUGUUAGUUUCAUCAUUGAGAAAGAAUAUUAACAUUAAUAACAAAACAUUAAAAACAAAACAUUGCAACCCAUUGGAGGAAUGUAGCAAGGACUUGCUACGAGUAAAAUGUAGCAAAUAAUAUGUCACAUGUGUGAUCAGUAACCAUAUAGUAAUAUGGAUAUAUAAUAUUUCCAUAUUCAAGUGUAAUAAGUAUGGAUAACAACACAAUCAUAAAAAUUCAACAAGUUCUCGCGAUUAUUUCUCUUGAUAUUAAGUUUUCAUUUAAUAUCAAGGAGGAAAUCUCCAUAAAUCGAGAAUGAACGAUAUGUGCGAUAAUGUGUGUUAGAAUUACUAUGAAAUGCAUAAAGUCCCCUUACCUAAAUCUACCUUAGUUCGUAAAAGACCGACAAGUUUGAUAUCUGAGACUUUCGCGGAGUAGAGAAU